CACAACUACAAAUGACUCAUGUUGAAGAGGAGAUCAUCAUAGAACAAGUUAAAGAUACACAUAAUUCGAAUGGUGGCAUUGAUGUUGAUGCAAAUUGUCUUCUCAAGUUUGUGGAGGACAUUUUCAAUUUCAAUGCGGUUCCUCGAGAAGCAAUGCAAGAAAGGUUACACUUACAAGAACACAUCCAGAAGAAGAUUUCAUUUGAUGUUUUACAACUCUCUUUCGUGGUAUGGUAAAUAUAAAUCUCCCAUUCAUCACACAAUUUUCUAUGAUUACAAAUUAAAUGAUGACUUUUUUCUUUUAAAUUUCAUUCUAAUUUUAGAUAGCCUUCACUUGUGUAAGCUAUGAUGAUAGUCACUCAACUGCCAUUUAUCUACUAAGUUUGUUGUCAAAGUAUAUGUGGCAUGCUAAGGGAGUAAUGUUACUCGCAUGUUUUGCGAUCAUCCGAGGGAAAUCUAAAGUUGCCUCACAAUCAUGUCAUCGGAAAGGACUAUCCUACAACAUGGCUUCUCUAAGAAAUAGCCUAAACUCAAUGCUAUUCCCUAACAAUGAAAAUUUUUUUAAUGACUCAAUGAGAUCCAUGUUUAAUCUCACCAAGCUUAUGAUUGAGCUUCGACAUUCAUCUUCAAUGUUUUUGGCGAACUACUGGAUCGCAAGAUGUGUUGUUGCCUACGCUCAUCUCUUUAUUUUGGGCCUCGAGCCACAAAAUCAGAUAAUGGCGGAACUGUCCAAUGUAUCCACCAAAAUCAAAGAGAUUCUGGCUUCCAGCCUCCCACUACUAGAGGCAAAAAGGGCAGAAGAAAAUUAUCAAGCGUUGUUACAUGCAUUUGAUAAUUCUUCAAAUAUCUUGGACGUUCUUAAAUUGAUAUUCAAUGUCAAAAAUAAUAAAGAGAAGCCAAUUUGGCACCAAGAUAGAUCGCAUAGAGUGUCAUCUCAUUGAAUGGGAUUAGAUGAGUUUGAAGGGGAGGGAGUGCUAUUACUAAUAUCAUCUGGCAAACACUUUCCCUGUUAUGCAUAUGCUGUGGCGCCCACGGGAGUAAAGAUGAUUUGGGUUCCAAUUAUAAAUGAUCUGGAUGAGCAUAUACAAAUAAGCCAUUCCUUUAUCUCCUACCGUGUAUUGGAUCCACAAAAAUGGAUUGCACCAGAAUUUGUAAGAUUUCUUAAAGAUAGCUGCUUUUCAACUUUUGAAGUUGGGUGUGACCCUAUUGUCAUUUCACUGGACAAACGGGGAAGAUUGGUUCAUUCUAAUGCACUGCACAUGAUAUUGACAUGGGGAUCUCAAAUAUAUGAUGAUGGGAGAACAAUGAGAUCGAGUGAUAUAAUCCCUUCAUUAGAAAAUGAGUUGAGGGAAAGGACUUCAGGUGCUGACCGUGUGAUUGAUGACAUUGACAAACAAAUACAUAAUUUCGCGAGAGAGGUCCGCAUAAAGAUCAAAGAUUGGGUGGACAACAUCGAGGCGAAGAUGAAAAGUUCGUUCCGUUCUUACAAUUACACAUAUGAGAGGGAACAAUCCUUGUGGGAUAAAGAAUCUUGGAAUCUUAAGCUUGUGGUAGGAUCCAAAUAUUGGAACUUCCAACACAUGCUGAACGAUUGGAUGGAUGAUGAUGAAAAGUACAUUUUCUUAUGCGGAGGCAAUAACAUUAAACGCGUUCUAGAGUUUGUACUUAAGGUACAAGAAGUCCGUUCCAAAUUCCAAAUGAAUAUGAGAAUUGCAUACAUUGGAAAAAGAAGAAGAAAAAUGAUUGAAGAGGUGAGGAGAGCCUGUGAUUAUGAAUUUACAAAUUUUGACCGACGUUAUGGUUUUAAGCGGUUUUGGGCACGACUUCAUAGCGUGGCCUCAUCUAGGAUUCAAUAUUUAAGUAAGAUUGGACUUGAUGAAGGGAGUGAUGAAAUUCUGCAAGGACUCAGAAAAUUAUUAUCUUAUGAAGAUGAAUGCACAACAAUUGGAUCAUGGGCUUUAUUGAGCAAAGGGAAAAGAAUAAUUGCAUGUGAUAUGGGAGACAAAAUGUUAGGAGUGUUGAAUGAGUAUGAGAAGUGGAAGAACAAUGCACAUGCCAAUGGUUUUGAACAAGCAUUCAAGGAUUACUAUGAGAUGCUUAAAAGUUCUUCUUCCCAUCAACACCAUUUUUGUGCUCUCAAUUACUCAUCUAAUUUGGAUAAAAUUUCAAAGGCUCUGUCUUGCCCUCAAUGUAACCAGAACAUGCAUAAAUUUGUCACUUUCUUCUGCUGUCAUGGUCCGACCAAUUAUUUAUAUUAUGAGGAGGAGGACGAAGACUGGCAAAUAUAAUCAACUAGAGUUUGCAUUCCACUCGCACACCUUAUAAUAUGAUGCGGUAGUCUACAUGCAGGCAUUAUGAUUAUACUUGUACGUUCUUGAUUGUAAUAUUCAUUGAAUAAUAU